AUGUCCACCACAUCUAGCAGACACUGGCCAUGCCGCACCUGCAUUUACAGAGAGCUGCACUCCCCGAGCAACGCGCACCACAUCAAGCACUCCAGCACCAUCAGGAUGCAGAAGGGCUCCACUCUGAGUUCGCAAGGAAUCACCAUUAUCCACCAUAAAGCAGGAGUGAUGGUGCAGAGAGAUGAUAUAAUUAAACUGAACAAGAAAGAAGAGAGAAAACAGUAUUCCCCCAAAAUGAAAAGAGGGCUUCAGCAGAAUCGAACUCGACAGUUCAGGACACCAGGCUCCAAGUGGGGAAUCCAACAGCAGAAAGGUUAUGGUAAAAAUCGUUUGGGACGCAGAAAGAAGAUAGCAGGGAAGAAGCAUUCUUACGGAGUUAUAACUGGCUUGGCAGCCAAGAAGGCAAUGGGUUCACGCAAAGGAAUUAGUCCUCUGAACAGACAGCCACUUAGCGAGAAGAACGCACAGCGGAAUUACCCAGUUUUGAAAAAGAAAACAAACCUGCAGAGACAAUCAGAAAUGCAGAGAAAACAAGCUCCAGCCCUCAGGAGGCCCGCCCCACUAAACAGAAGAAUUGGAAACAAACUAAAUCAGCAGAAGGACACUCGUCAAGCAACUUUCCUGUUUAGAAGGGGCCUGAAGGUGCAGGCUCAAGUGCAGUCAACAGAUGAUCUUGAUAAUCAGACAGUAAAGAGAACUCGUCAAUGGCGAACUUCUACCACGAGUGGAGGCAUUCUGACUGUAUCCAUUGACAACCCAGGAGCAAUCAUAACCCCAAUUUCCCAGAAAUUACGAUUAACUUGUACUCCCGUGCCACCAUUUCUGAUGAAGAGGGACCAAUCAGAAGAGAAGAAGAUUCCCAAAGGGGUUCCAUUGCAGUUUGAUAUUAAUAGUGUUGGAAAACAGACAGGGAUGACAUUGAACGAACGUUUUGGCAUCCUGAAGGAGCAAAGAACAGCGCUGUCUCAGAAUAAAGGGAGCCGUUUUGUAACAGUGGGCUAACCCGACAGAUGGACUUGAGCACUGAUCCCACCUGCCUAAGAAACUGAGAUAAAAGCGGGCAGAAGAAUACAGCAUACGUCACUGAAAUUCUCCAGACUUCUUGCUAAGAUGGUGGCAGAGCUAUCUACCUUUAUUACUUUUACUUUGAAUGGUAAAAGACAUGAUGCCCUGAGGGGGGGGAGAGUGGGGAAACUGAUCCGCUGGAGUGGCACCAUCACCUGGUUGGAAAAGAUUCUGUUGCCCAGCUCAUGACAAACACUGAUUUUGGUUCAUCUUGCAACCAAAACACAAAUUUUAAAAGUUGGGGUUUUUUUGUCUAGGAGUGCUCAGUAUCUGUUCUUUGACCCCUCUGUUAUGAUAAAGAUUGUGUGUGUGUUUCAUUACAAACCCCAUUUUAGGG